CGCUUCUGCGCCGUCUCCCGCCUCGCCCUCCGCUGCGACCGCUGCUCUUACAGCAUCGGCGACGUGGUGCUGGCGGCCGUGGCCCUCCACUGCCCCGUCCUCCGCAAGCUCUCUGUCGCCUCCUGCGCCUUCGGCGCUCCAGGCAUCCUCGCCGUCGUCCGCAGAUGCCCGCUCCUCGAGGAGCUCUCCCUCGAACGCCUCUGCGGCCUUGACUCCCUGCUCCUCGUCGACGACAACGACGCCGGCGGCAACGCGGCCUCGUCCUUGCUCCAAUCCAUCUGGUGAUGAAUAAUGAAGAGCAAACAAAGAUGCACGAGAUAGAAAAAAAAAUAAAAAUAAAAAAAUAAAAAAAAUUGUCUCUUUGAAAAACUAUUAUGUAUCG